UUUGAUGCAUGGAGGACAGCAACAGCAUGUCCGCUGUUGCCAAGGUGAUGUAAUAUGUUGCAUCUCUGCCUGCUUGCGCCCAAUGACUGAAACUCAUUGUCACCCGCCUGCUGUUUGUUGAAUUGGACCUUAGGUUAAAGAAGGAAAUUGAAAAGGCUCUCCAAUCGUUUCUUUCUUCUUGGAGGACGGGUGACAAAUCUUCACCAAUGCCCUCUCUCGACUGCUCCCCCCCCCCCCUCCUCCAAAGCUUUCCUAUUUACUGUACAACAAGGGGUCUGUUUGUGUGAGACAUCAUCAAACUCACAUGGUAGCCAGUAGAUGAGCAGAGACCGUCUCCAAGCUUUCACACUGAGCACAGCCUCGUUGGUCGGAGCUAAUCCAAAACUAUUUUUCACGUCUGCUGAACUCCAGCGGCAUGGAGAACGGAAAUCAGAGAGACCAAGACGGAGACAUGGAGGAAAUGAGCAUGCAGAUCGCUCAGCUGCAAGCCCUGACAGCGGAUUUGAAGGCGGGGCUAGUGGGAGCCAUUCAGGACCUGUCCGUUCUGAAGCAGAGCAGCUGCGUCCUGGAGGACAGGAUGAGAAACUACCAGAACGACAUCGAGGAGAAAAUACUGGGGAUUAGAAACUCCCUCAACACUUUCAAGGAGGACCUGAGUACUGCCCUGACCCAAAUCAAAGAGCUGAACUGCAGACACGUAGAGAUGCAGCGGGGGGUGGAGCUCUUCCAUGCGGAAGUGGGAAGGCAUCUACUUACCUGCCAGCAGCGGAAAAACUCAAAGGACGUCUCUCCCGACUGCCCACGGCAUUUCCCCGGCGAGACGGAGGAACGCGCUACGCAGCACUACCUUGCCAGCGUGCCCAAUGGCUCGCCUCAGCAAACUGCCAGCCUGGAGACACCCAGGUGCCAGGUGUGGGCGGCGCCCAAGGAUCCCGCAGAGGGACAGGGCACUGAGGAAGGCCGGAAGAGGUACGCCGCUGCCCUCGAGCUGCUGGAGUCCGAGAGGCAGUACGUGUCCCAUCUCUCCCUGCUCCUCAAGGCCAACAUCACCUUCAACGGCGCCGAAGCCAUCCACCCCAAGGGCAAGCGGCCAUUUCCCAGCUCACUGCGCUUCCUCAUCCAGCAGCACCUGGAGCUGCUCCACACCCUGCAGGAGCGCGUGCUCCGGUUCCAGUGGCAAGGCAUUAUGGGAGAUGUAUUCUUGAGGCUGUUCAGUAAAGAGAGCGAUUUUCUUGAUUUCUACGUGACAUACCUGAAGGAACUGCCUGACUGCCUCGCCGUGGUCGGCAUGUACACCUCCUCCUCCGCGGAAGCAUCCGGACUGUUCGAGGGUGACGUCACAGGCAAGGAAAAUCGGCCUCCUCUCCGCACCCUGCUCCUCCAGCCUGUCCAACGCAUCCCAGAAUACCUCACGCUCCUCCAGAACCUGCUGAAGCUGACGGAGGCGGAGCACCCGGAUUACUUCCUGCUGCUGCUGUGCAUGCAGCAGCUGAGGGCCUUCACGGGCCAGCAGGGCCACCUGCUGCAGCAGGGCCAGGAGCUGCUGCUGCUGCACGGCUGCAGAGAGGUCAAGAGGCAACAUCAGAACCAGGUGAAGAGGAGGGUCCCGGAGCAGAGGCAGGGCAGGGAGCCCCAAGACUGGGGAACCGCGGGGGCCCCUCUCUCACACGGCCCCUUUUUCGGGGGCGAUGCCAGCCCCUGGCUGGGGUCCGUCCCAGGGGUGGGGAGGGAGCCCGGCGGCCGGCCCCCCGCCUCUAGCCCCACCCCCGAGUUCCUGCCGCCCCUCCCGGCCGAGGCGGCGGGCCUGGAGGUGCUCUACGAGGACGGCGACUCCCUCGCAAACAUCUCCCUCUCGCUCUUCGAGAACGGCUCCACCGCCUCGUCCAACUCCAGCCUGGACCUCGCCUUCGCCCGCUGCCCCGGGGGCCGUGGGGGGGGCGAGGCCUACGGAGGGGGCGAGGCCUACGCGGUGGCCGAAACCCAGAGCCGCCUCCCCGGGCGUGGCUGCGCAUCCCCGGACGAGGCCGACCUGAUGCCACACCGCCCCCUGCAGGCUGGGCAGCGCAAGAGCAAGUCCCUGAACGGCUUGCAGCUGGACAGCGCCAUCUGCGGGGAUACCGGGCCCCCCGAGUUCCCCGGCACCCCCAAAGCCCGCAGCCCCCACGGGGGACCCCACGCCUGGCUGGAGCGCCAGUCGAGCCGGGGCUCGGCUGGUGGUAGGGCCCAGAGGAGCGUCAGUCCCCUGCAGAAGCUGGAGCCCCAGGACCUACCAAGAGACUACCACAAGGUGGCGCCACCAUCCCUCUCAUCCCAAACUGCUGUGGCUAAACUCCAGCUCACCACCUCUGCUGACUGCGCAUCCCAGGUCAGGGUGGAGGACUCGAGGAGGAGGCGCGGAUCGGAGGAGAACGUGCGCUCCUUCAGCGAGAGGAGCCGCAAGGAGGACCAGAAAGGGGGCAUCAGGAGCUCCUUCCGAAAACUCUUCAAGAAGAAGUCGAGCGGCGAGAUUAAGGAGAAAGUGAGAGAGAAGACGGAGGCGGAGGCGUACAGCGAGUGCGCGAGAUCUCCUCAGGUGGCUCGGCCCGCCGACGCGGACAGGGGGACCGCUGUGUGAACCCACAGCGCCCUCUGGUGGAGGAAGCCACACUCUGCGGUCUGAACCACAGGAAAAUACGCCUUUAUUCCAAACUGCAGGCCCAUGCCUUGCAGCAAGAGGAGGAACCUGGGCCAAGUAAUUGUUAUGCACAAGUUUUUCAUUUCUGAAAAAUACUCCCACCCUCAAGAUUUCAUUGUUUAUGGCUUUGUACAAUUUUAAUUUACAUGUUUGUAUUUUUCCAUCAUCAUGUAAUUCCCAUCCAAGAAAAACAUUUUUUUUUUUCAUAAACCAAUGAUUCAUUUGUGAAAUCAAGCAGACAUGAGCAUUCAGGAGGUCACGGGCAAAGAUCUCAUCCUCAUGUUGCACUAAAACAUUUUUAA